AUGGCUGCUUCCAUAUCGCCUCUGAGCACUCCUCCUAUUAGCAUAGGUAUCACACCGUCAGUAGUUUCAGAGAUCGAGCGCAGCCAAGGAAAAUCAGAAGAACUAAAGAUGCCUGAUCCCGUCGCAUCGCUCGGUCCGGGAGAGCCCAAUGUUGUAUCGGAUGUUCCAACAAUCAUAGACCUCGGAGACGGGGAUAUCGAACUUAAAUUAACUGAAUACGACCCUCUCUCCAAAAAGGUGAACAAUACCACGUUCAAAUCGCACAAGCACCUCUUGAACGACUUUGCCCGUCUGAAAGAGAUGAUCAAAGGCAUGGAGCGGUAUAAUUCGGGUGCACAGUGCAUUACAGUCUAUCGGGACGAACGCGGCGUAGAGGAUUUCAAGAACAUGUUUAAAGUGCUAUAUGCUUCAUUAAUCAAGGGCCCAUUCGAAUUCGACGCACCCACACUCGUGUCCUGUCUACGCCUCGCAACGGCCUACGAAUACCCCGAGCUCCGCAAGUUCAGCGUCGACAGAUUGGAGGGUGCUGCUCUCUCGCCGAUCGAGCGAAUCGAGCUCGCGCGCGAGUUUGAUCUUUCUGCGUGGGACGAAGGGGCGUUUCAGGAGCUUGUGGGACGUGAUGAGCCGAUUACGAGGGACGAGGCCAAGGCGCUUGGGGGGAUAGAAGAGGAGAAAGCUAGGAGAGAGGCCGAGGAGAAGAAGAAGGCAGAGGAGGAAGAGCAAAGAAAGCGGGAAGAAGAGGAAAAGAGACAGCGCGAGGAAGAGGAAAAGAGACAGGAAGAGAAAAGAGACAGGAAGAGGAACGAAAGAAACAAGAAGAGGAGAAGGCGGAGACGAGAAGAAAAAGAAGAGGCUCAGAAAAGAGGAGAAGAAAAAGAAAGAGGCCCAGAAGGCGGAGGAGGAGAAGAAAAAAAAGAGACCCAGAAGUAA